AUGGAAAGAGAGCGCCAAGGACCCGGAGGUGUUGUACAACAAGGUCGAGGACGGGGCGGCAUGGUUCAUGAGGAAAUGGCACAGGCAGGAGGCGGAAGCGUCCGCGAAGCGCCAGCGCGCGAGGGAAGCAUAAGAAGCAGAGAGUACGACCUCAGGACCGAAGAGAAAGAGAGCCGGGGAAGAAACGGCGACCGGACACUCCUGUAGAAGCGAGUAGGGCGGCCGAGGCAGCACUUGUGGCGAACUACGUACCCGGCUGAUGCUGUUGCGCCCUGUUUCCCUCCCUGCUGUAUGCUAUACUCCUUUAUGUAUGUAUGUCCUUUGUAUUGCCUUCGGCCUCUGUGCUGUGUUUCUGUGUUUCUUUGUUUCAUGACCUCCCUGCCUACUCUGCUGUGUUGGGUACCGUGAUCUCGCUUUGCUGUUGCCUUUGUUUUUGUACGUCUGGCUGUCUGCCCAUCUGCCGCCUUCUUGUCCUGUUUUCUCCGUUACUCCCAUGCCCUGGUGCGUAGUGCCCGGUGCUGGUACGUUACCCUUUGAUUUUUUCUUUGGGCGGGUGUGGGAAACGUCCUCCUUAUUUUUGUUGUUUUGUUUUGAUCGGUUUUCGAGGGCUCUUUUCUCGAACGGUCGGUGCGAUACCUGUUAUUU